UUCACUCGGUGAACGGCGAAUUGCCGACCAGUCGUCGAUCUCUUAGACUGACGUAUGGUUCCGCUGGUGAAUGAUCGACAAGGAACUCCGCCAGGGUGGUGUGUGAUAUCAUUGCACUGCUGUAUCCUCAAUGGUCCGGCAAGAGAAUGAUAUUCAGACCGACAGAAACCAAUGUCUAUCACUCUCAAGGUCGGCAUGACUUUCGCAGCGUGUCGAAUCAGCGAGCGAAUGGCUGAGCAGCGCACGUGACCAGUCGUGACGCCGCUCUUUCUCCAAAAAAAAAAGCUGUGCUGCAUUUUAUUAGGGCAAUCGUCGAGUAUCGUAGAUUGUCCAAUUCGACAGUACCAUAAGAGGCUUCUCCCUCCCAUUAUUCCUAUGGCGAAAGUGAAGGGCAAACAAGGGUCGGCAAACAAGCACCUUCAAGCGCGUAUCAAUUAUCUGCAACAGGCCGCGACGUAUCUGGCGUCACGAGAUCCGAGUAUCUCUAUCGAGAAAUGCUUAGACCCACUACAAAAGACUACUCCUCCGGAUCACCGGCAAUUGCACAUAGAAAACGCGGCCUGCGAGCCUCGCACGCUCAAUGAGAAUGUGCCCCACGGUGUCGGUGCGCUGAUGACGCGACUGCCGAAUUCGAGAAAUCCUGACAUCAGAUUUGACGCGCCAUCAACGGGGGGGCUCCCUUUGCGACUGAAUGAUCAUCUCCGGCAGGUAGCUGCAAAGUCCCAGGCUCGCCUUUCAACCGCCGUCAAACGUUCGGCCUGCAAGCGUUGCAAUGCUGUGCUUCGCGAUGGAGUAACCUGCACAAAGUUUAUGGAGAACCUUUCCAAAGGUGGACGCAAGCCACACGCAAAUGUUUUAGUAUUGCGAUGUGCAGUCUGUGAAGCUGAGCAGCGGUUUCCUGUUGGCGCUAGAAGGCAGAGCAGGAAAUCUGAUCGCACGCCAGCUACCACUAAUGCUGAAGCUGAUGAUGAUGCUUGCAUGGCUGUGGCUGGUAAUGAUUGAAACAGUAAAAGUUGAUUGGGACGAACUCCAUGCCUUCAGCCGCAUCGGACCUCUCUAGGACCGUCCAAAGCAUGUUCCUGCCAUCCGAUUAUGAUGAGGCCCGCAUCUAUCAUUUACUGUGUGUAGGCAAGAAUGCUCUAGACAUGCCGAAUCACAUGCGGAUUGAUAAGCCAUCGGAAUUCGCUCCACUCAUGAUCAGUCGAG